ACCCCACAUUCUCCCCUCCUGUCUCUGCUUCCUCCUGCCAUCCUGAUCAAAAUAGCCUUAACUUUUAGAAACCUUCAGACUGAACACUGUAGAUCAGGCUGCCCUUGAAUUCUUUGAGAUUUGCCUGCCUCUGCAUCCUGAGUGCUGGGAUCACAGCUCUCUUGCCUUGGCCCCUCACCCCUGAAAAUGUAUGCCUGUUCCAGGUUCAUCUCCACCCGCUCCUUGGUCAGGAGCACCUCUCAGCUGCUGAGCCGUCCUCUGUCUGCAGUGGAGCUGAACCCACAGACACGGAAAGAUGAGGCCCUCAGCAGCUUGGCAGUCCCUCGUCCUUUGACCUCACUCGUCCCUAGCCGCAGCUUCCAAACCAGUGUCAUUUCCAGGGACAUCGACACAGCCGCCAAGUUCAUUGGGGCUGGGGCUGCUACUGUUGGGGUGGCUGGCUCUGGGGCUGGGAUUGGAACUGUUUUUGGGAGCCUCAUCAUUGGUUAUGCCAGGAAAGAUUACCUGGGCCCACUGUUAGCUCUGCUAUGUUUCAAAGGUCAGAUCUAGAACUGCACUGUCAUAUACAGAGGCCCCUAGCUGGGCCUUGUUAUUUUUUAUUUAUAUUUUUGGUGUUUUGUUUUUUCAAGACAGGGUUUCUCUGUAGCUUUGGAACCUGUCCUGGAACUAGCUCUGUAGACCAGGCUGGUCUUGAACUCACAGAGAUCCGCCUGCCUCUGCCUCUUGAGUGUUGGGAUUAAACGCAUGCGCCACCACCACCACCCUGCUCUGUUUUUCUUUUUUGAGAUAGCGCUUCACUAAAUAACCCUGGCUGGCCUGGAGCUUUCUGUAUGGACCAGGCUAACUCAAACUCACACUGAUCUAUCUGCUUUUGCCUCUUGAUUGCUGGGAUCAAAGGUGUAAACAGCCAUGCCUGGCUUUGUUCAGAAUUCUUGUUUGUUUUAUUUUUUUGGAGACACAGGGUUUCACUGUGCAGUCCUGGCUGUCCUAGAAUUCAUUUUGGCCUUGAACUCAAGAGAUCUACCUGGCUCUGCCCCCUGAGUACUGGCAUUAAGGGUGUGUACAGACACACUCUGCUUUAAGGUUUUUUAAUAAGAUUAAUACAAGCUAGGUAUGAUGGAACAGACCUAUAAUGCCAACAGUUGUGAGAUAGAGGCAGAACAGUCAGCAGUUCAGGUUAGCCUGGGCUACAUGGUGAAUUCAGGCCAGCCUAGGCUAUAUGAGACCCUAUCUUUACAUAAAAUUGAAGUUUUCAGUUCCUUUAUCAUGUAAUUUCUAGUGCUUAGAAUCUGGAUGGAACCUCAGUUAACGGCAGCUACAGCACAUGAACGUCGCCAUAGUGUGGAGCAAGGACCAGCAAGUCUAAGCUUGAGGGUGAUAUUUGGAUCAUAGCCUGGUUUUCUAUAGUUGAGUUAAAAAUAGUUUUUACCUUAUUUUUUAUUUUUUGAGACACUUUUUUAAAAGAAAUAUUUUAAUUUUUUUAUUUUUUUU